GCCCACACAUGUAUGUAUCCAUUGUAUGCUUGCUGACCUGGUGCCAGUGGGUGGCAGGCCUGCAAGGGCAGUCAUGACAAGACGCGAUCUCGCCCAGCUUACGCCCAGCUACGCCAGGGCCGGGCCAGGGAGUUUACAAAAGGUCGCUAGGUAGGUAGACGUUUCCAGCUUAGGGGAGAUUGGGAGGACUGACGACCCAGUCUUGUCAGGAGGGUGUGGGACCUUGAGGUGGAUGUUUGUCGCGAGGAGGAUCAAAGAUGAGGGGAACUUCACUGUGCCGUAGCUGCUGAUCUUGUGCAGGGCCUGCUCAUGUCCUCUCGCAUGAUGCAUGGGCCAUCCGCGUCCCUCCACAAGACGGUCGCAGCAUGGGGGGCCCGGGUGUCCUCCAGGAGGGCCAGGGACCUGGCGCGUCCUAUUGGGGAUGCGGUGGGACUCAAGCUCUUUGCCAUGCCAGAGGCCGCAAACAGCGAGCGUCAUGUCGUAUCCACCGCCUCUGCCGGGUUCCGCAGCCAGUUUGAGGAUCUGAUACAGAAGCAGCGCCAAGGUGCCGCCUCUGCUGUGGACUUGGCAGUCCGGGACAAGACGCUGGCUCUUCUUCAGAAGCCCGACAUCCAAGCAGCUGUAGAGGCCAGCUUUUGGCGGACCAGCAGGGCCUGCGGGGAAUCUCCCGAUGAGUCCCCGGACAUGCGGGCCGCGAAGCCGGUGCCCCCAUUUGGGGUGGGGUGCCAGGCCGUGCUGGAGCAGGCUGCGGCGUUCCACUUUGUGCACCCCAUGACCGCCUCCGCCAUCAAGCUGCCCGUCGCAGCGGACUUCUACUGGAAGGAGCUCAACAAUGCGGGGUUCCCGAGGCCGCUCCCGGGGCAAGUGGAAGACGACGACGAUGAAGAUGUAGCAGAAAGCGCCGCGCGCAAGCCCCACGUCCAUACGGGAUCACUGUGCUUGCGCUCCGCGGCGGCAAGCGUCCCACACCCCGAGAAGGAGUUCAAGGGGGGCGAGGAUGCGCACUUUGUGUAUGGGGAGGCGCAGGCGAUCGGGGUGGCGGACGGCGUGGGUGGGUGGGCCAACGUGGGCGUGGACGCGGGCAUCUACGCCAAGGAGCUGAUGAUGCGCACGCGCGACGCCAUCCGCGACAGCGCGGCUACCGUGCGUGAUCCGCUGGACGCCCUGGCGCGCGCUCACGCGGAGACGCACAGCCAGGGGUCCGCCACGGCGUGCGUGCUGGUGCUCAAUGAUGAUGCCCUCUCUGCGGUGAACGUCGGGGACAGCGCGUUUGUGGUCAUUCGUGACGACCGGAUUGUGUUCAAGUCCCCCGUGCAGCAGCACCGCUUCAACUUCCCCUUCCAGCUGGCGCGCACGCGCGGGGACCCCAUCACAAGUGCGGAGACCUUCCGGUUGAAGGCUGUGCCAGGGGACAUUGUUGUGAUGGGCACAGACGGGCUGUUCGAUAACGUGUUCGACUUCGAGUUGCUCAACAUCGUAAAUGUAGCCAAGAGGGGUAAACUCCUUCCGCACGAAAUUGCAAACCACUUGGCAAGCUGUGCCAGGGCCAGGGGGGAGGACACGCAACGUCACUCUCCAUUUGCAAAGGCUGCCAUGGAUGCUGGUCACUUGUACACAGGGGGUAAAUUGGAUGACAUAACAGUAGUAGUGUCCUUCGUGUGUAGCAAACACGAGCUAGAUGUAAAUAAUCCUAGCGCAACUGGAUGAAGUUAUUGCGUCUGAAAGAUAUGAUUGAGAAGAUUUAAUGACCUUAGAUAGGCUCCAACAGCACACCGUCUUGCUUGCGGUCGAAUGUUGUACCCAUCUGUCAAGAAGGUAGUGAUGGUGACUGAUCUGAAUGUGAUGCGCACCCGGGUUGAUCUAUGGGUUGGUAGAUUUUUUACGUCAAUUUAUGUAAGCUACUAAUCAAUUAUCCGGUGCGGUACUCUAGUGAUCAUUGGCAAUGGUACCAGGGAUUACCAC